CGGGAUUGAAAAAAACCGGUUGAUUUGUUGAUAUUUUAUACGCAAGUCCCAAUUUUUAGGGAAAGUUCUGAAAAUGAUAAAAAUAUCGGCAUUGAACGAGGAGUCCAGCGAAGAGAGUGAAGAGGAAGACGUGCCGAGUAUCACGAAAGAAGCUCAAGAACAAAUAGCUCUUACAGAAUAUAACAAGGCUUUAGUGUUGUUAAAAGAAAAUAAACAAGAAGAUGCACUAAGUAUUUUUAAAGAUCUUUUAGAAACUGAACUGUUGGAUGCGGUUGAAAAACCUGAGAUACCAGAUGGUAGAUCUAGACCAAUGUUGUCAUUGAAAUAUUCUUGUUUCAAAAAUAUUGGCGCUAUACAGGCCACACUGGAAAACUAUGAUGAGGCCAUAGAAAAUUACUGGGAAGCAGCUAAUUUAGAUAAUACAGAUGUAACACUGUGGUACAGAAUAGGCACUUUAGCUAUGAAAACCUCAAAUUUAGAAUUAGCCUGCUCAUCAUUUAAGCAAGGUUUAAAAUGUAAUGCAAAUCACUGGCCAUGUUUAGAUAAUAUGAUAACUGCUUUAUACGCAGUUCCUGACUAUAUGAAUUGUCUUUUGUACAUUUCUAUGGCGUUAGAGCGUGAUCCCAAUUAUGUAAAAGGUUUAGCUUUUCGUGAAAAGAUAUUUAAGGACAUUCCAUGCCUUGAAGAAUGCUAUAAAUUGUACAAUAACAACUGGCAGCUAGAUCCUCCCUUAUGUACUCAGUAUGAUCAUUUAGUAGGAGAUAAAUUAAUAGUAGAAGCAAAGGAUAUUGCUAAAAAAUGGGCAGAAACGUGCAGGGUAGAGUUCUGUCCAAAACCAUUGUCAGAUCUAACGCUGAGAAGGACCAUAAAAAAUUACACUUGGUUAGAUUUAGGAGAAUGUUUAUUGGAUAUGCACAGAUAUAUCACAGAAAAUAAUUUAAGUUUUGUUAGUAGAAUUAAUUUAAUUGUUCAUCAUUCUGAGGAAACACUUAAAACACAUAUUGAGGGAGAUACUGAGGGAAAUAAUGAUGUUAAUACCGAUCAAGAAAUAUUGCAAAGUGUCAUAACAAAGAAUGAAAAUGAAAUUGGAAAGUCAAUGGAAAUAGAUGAUGCGACUUCUCCAUUUGAAACAUCCGAUGACAAUCCAUGUGGUGAAUCUGCAAUGGAAAUCGAAAUAGAAGAUGAUAAAAAGUCAUGUUUCAGUGAUGUACAAAUAAUAGAAGAUGAAGACCCUUUGAGAAUAUCAGAUACAGAUGCACAGUUUGAAGAACAAAGUCAGGCCAAAAAUGAUUCAGAUGAGCCAAAUAACUUUGAAGUAGAUGAAAAUGGAGAUAAAUUACAAUUGGAAAAAAUAAUAGACGAUGGUGUAAAUGAAGCACAAAAUGAUAAUAUUAGUGAUAAAGAGAGUAACAAAUCCAAUGAUGAUAAAAGUUUAAAAAAAGAAGACAAGACACAAUGUAAAGCUGAAGAAAAAUUAACUGAAAAGAGUGAAGGAAAAGAAGAAGUACAAAAAGUGAAGAAAAGGAGAAGAAGUGCUCUGUGCUUUCUGCAACAAUGGGCUUGGAGUUGUAAUAGUAUGAGACGUUCAGCAAGAGUAAGAAGUUCAAAUAGAAGAGAAGCUGAAAGAGAUGAUGUUCAAUUAGAAGAGACUCUUAGAAGAAUAUUUCCUAGUACAUUAUUACCAGAUACAGUAAAAUUAACCAAAGAUGAUCCUUCUAAAAAUAUGGAUGAUUCUAUGGAUACAAUGGACUUAUAUCAAUUGUUUGCUAAUCAAGAAAACAAUAGCAAUACUAUGGAAACAGUUAAAAGUUCUGAAAGUUCAAAAUCACCAAGUCCUGAAACAAAUCAAAAACAAAAUUAUUUCGGUACAGAAUCUGAGGUAGUUGAUGUAAAUAUGUUUAUUAAUGAAUACAGUGGUAAAAGUAAUUUAAUGAUAAUUAUAGCAAAAUAUACAGAAUUUUUAUGCACAAAAUGGAACCAAGAAUGGUCUAAAGGAAUAUUAGAAAUAUAUUUGCAAGCAUAUACAUUCAUGAGGGAGCAUAUUCCACAUCCAUCGCCAUUUGAAGAAGAUACAAGUGAUGAUAUAUUAAAAUUAGAUACUGAAAUGACUUUAUUAUUUGGUGAACUUCAUACAGAUAAAUGGUUAAGCAAUAAACCAGAUAUACUACCUUUUUCAACAUUAGAUAAACUUGGGACAGGAUUGCCAUCUGAAGAAUUAGGGCAUAUAAUUUUUACAAGCGUUAGAAGGGAUAUUUUAAAUGAAGAAAAUAUUUACAUAUUAUUAAGAGUUUUGUGGCUCAAAGCUAAUAUCUUUUUGUGCCAAGGAGACACAGAUAUCGUUAUUGAGACUUUAGAAUUGUUACUAAGUCACAUGCAAGAAUUUGAGAAACAAAACAAAGUCGUUUAUUUGAAACUGCCUAACUGUAAAUAUAAUUCUAAAAUCAGUAUUAAAAUAGUAGAGAAGAAACUUAAAUCUAUUCAAAGAGGACAAAAAUUAGGAGAAAUACAAAAUCUGUAUGACGAGAAAAAAUACGCUGAGUUAGCCUACAUAUUACAAGAUACGUUUAAGUUCGCAAAACAAGGAAAUAAAUUUUUAUCCGUAAAUGAUAAUAUCGUUGAUAGAGUACAACAAUUAUCCAUGUUAUUAGAUAGUUUAUGGCAACUACAACAAUACGAAGAAUGUUAUGUAUGGGCAGAAGCUUGCCUUAACGAAGCAUGGCAAAAUUAUUUAAACGCUACUGAUGAUAUAGAACAAAAGAAAUGGACGAGCUCUAUUUUAAUGGCACUUGAAAAACUAGAAGCCUGUACGAUUGAAGUGAGCACUUUUGUCGUAAAAUAUUUACCGGAAACACGUCUUUCAAGAUUAGUACAAAAUUUGGUUCAUAUUGUUUGCAAUCAACUAGAUGUAUCGGAAACUACGGUAGAGAUGCCACUUGAGACUGUCUUACCUUGGAUCAUACUGCAUUACGUUUUACAAUAUAAAGAGGAUAAAGAGAGAGCAAAGGCUGAAUCGUCGUACAAAAAUAAGCAUAGUUCUAAUUAUUCUGAAUCAGACGAUGAGGACGAAGGUGUUCCAGCAUCAAUCAUGAUUUUAUUUAUUGCCCAUGAUUUUAUGGGAAGACACUCAUGGUGUUGCUACAACGAAGCAAAGCUCUUGUUUUUUACUUUAAAUUUAGUUAUCCCAAAGUUGGAAACACCUCAGUUUUCCAGCAUAAAGAGUAAAGUUACGAAGUAUUUGGAGCAAAUAUUUUAUUGUCUAUAUGGUCAUUAUAAUAAAGUAAACAAAUGUCGGCCGAAGCAUAUAGAAGAACACGGAGUACCUCAAAUGAAAGUGACUUGGGAGGGAGCACAAUUAUUGUUUAAUUUCUAUAAACCCAAGCAAAUACCAGAAUUUCAUUCACCUAAAUCUUUAACAAUUAGUGCGGACACAGAAGAUCUGUUUAAACGUAUAAUAAAGUUGAUCCCUCCAGAAAGUGAUCCAAAUCAAGUGAUCGAUGAAAUGAUGGCUUAUAUAAUGGGUGAACGACAGACAAUGCCGACCGUCAAGAAGCUUCUGCCGCAUUCCAUGUCCACUAUUUAUUAUUUGUUGGCAGAUUUUUAUUUCAAAAAUUGUAAAUGGAAUACAGCUAUUCGAUAUUAUUUAUUGGAUUUAUGUUUCCAUCCAACAAGAUUGAGUUCUUGGACUGGAUUAGCAAUGUCGUCAGGCACUGUAAUAGAUACAUGGUUAAAUAAGUAUAAACCAAUUAACGAAGACAGGCUUUUAGCGAAAGCGAAAUUAACUCAAUCCAGUUAUCGACACGCUGUGGAGUUGGAUUCCUGUAAUCAUAUUAUUUGGACUGAAUACGGAACCUUCGCCUAUGUUGUACAUUCAUUUUGUUCACGAUUGCUGAAACAAGAGACAGAUACGUUAAGCAUGGAACGAUUUGAAGUCUUAGAAACUAGAAAAGAAGAAAUGUUAGAAAUCGCGUAUCAGUGUUUUCAAUCAUGUGCUCGUUUAUUUAUUGGCACCAAAGAUGGAACAAUACCGCAUGACGAAAGAUGGCUAUAUCAAUAUAUGCUCGGCAAAGUAGCCGAGAAGAAAAAUCAAGAUCCUCCUGUAUAUUUAGAACAUUAUUCGAAGGCUAGUGAAUUACUGUAUAACAAUAAUGCACAAUAUCCACGUAGAAUAAGUCACAAAUGUCCACAACCUCUUUCAGUUGAGGCAUUAGAAGUACAUUAUCGAAUUCAUGCAAGUAUAUUAAAAUAUCUUGAACAGCAUGAAGGGAAACCUUUGAAGAAAUCUUUAGGACAGUUGCUUCAAUUUCACCUUGAAAAAUGUGCCAAGGGAUCUUUUGUAAAGUAUACUUCGAAAUUAAACGAAAAGAUUAAGGAGGAAAAUCAUUCUACAAAUAAUAAAAAUGGAGGUGAAGUGGAAUUUACAACCGAAGUAGACAGAAAUGUUGUUAUGAUUGGUCGGCGUUCAAACAGCAUUGAAGAAAUUGAAAUCGUAGACAGAACAAAUAAAGGAUUUGAAACGAACCAACGUACGGAACAAGGAAAGACCGAAACACGCAAAAGAUCUCUCAUAGAAUUACCACAAGAUAAUGUGAAGAAAAUAAAAUUAGGUAAUAUAUCUCAUUUACAAUUAAUGCAAGAUGUUGUAGCUUUAAUAGAUGAUGUAAUUACGAAAGUUUGUGACAUGGUUUCGCAAAAAGAGAAGAAUGAUGAUAUUAUGAUAUUAUCGAGCGAUGAAAGCAAUGAGUCAAAGUCACAAAGGAAAAAAAUAAAAAAAACUAUUGAAAAAACGAAAGUACAUGAAAAGUCAGAAGACAAUAAAAAAGAUUCGUUAACAUCUUUAAAAAUUGGCAGUGCGUUCGAAAAUGAAGAGAAAGCAGAAGACGUUCAAGAUUUAAUGGAUGCUUUGAUGAAACAAGCGAUGGAAAUUAGCCAGGAAACGCGACAAUCUUCACCUGAAGAUGAAGAUACAAGAAAAUUUGAAGGAAAGUGGCUGCAAAACGAAGAUUUACAAUUGAGUAAUAAAGAAAUGAAAGAUAAACAUCCGGAUAAAAAGAAACUUGCAAGUUCCUCAAAGGAAGAGGUAACUCUAAGUAGGAGAGGUUCACAAGAAAGUACAACAACCACGCAAACAACCACGACAACGACCGAAACGAAUAAUUCUAGCUCCAGUAGUAGCGAUGAGUCAAGCAGCAGUGAUGAUAGUUCUGAUAGUGAUAGUUCAAGUGACACUGAUAGCGAUUCUGGUGAAAGUGAAAGCGAAAAAAAAAAAGAAGACUUGGAUUUCGUGCAAAAAGAAGAAAACAUGACUGAGGAAGAAGUUGCAACUUUAAUAGCAUACUGUUUAGCUGGUCUAGAACAAUGUAUUUUAAGAUUUCCAGAACAUUAUAAAUCAUUUUAUAGAUUAUCGCAUUUCUUCUUCAACAAUAAGACUGCUAAGGACAUAAUAAAAUGCAGGAAUCUUUUGUUGGAUAGCUAUAAUUGUCAAUUUUAUAGGGGUGAAAAUUUUCAAGGUCUAUUUGCUGAUAGGAAAAGUACUAAUUUUUUCAAUGGCGUAUGGCAUAUACCAAAUAGAGAAGUUGAUAGACCAGGAAGUUUCGCAUUUCACAUGUCCCGUUGCGUAACACUAUUAAUGCAAGUACUUAAAGAAACAAACGAUGGCCGAAUGUUGAUGCAAUUGAGUGUGCAACUUGGAAAAAUUCCAGACUCAGACAAGAAAUAUUUACGGGAUUCAGAAAGGGAGCAGUUGUUUCGCCAAGCAUUGACUCUUUGUUUACAAUCUCUUAGAACUAAAGUGCAAUUAAUGGGAACAAGUACUUCUGAUGUUGCAUCCAGCGCAAAUGCAGAUGAAAGAACUCAAGUACUUCUUGACACGUAUUGGGUUUAUCAAAGAGCUUUGAAAAGCUUUCAGACUAAAGAACAAACUAUACAAACGCUUGCUUCCUUGCUAGUCGAUACAUAUAAAACAUAUAUCGGUAAUAAAAAUUUGGAAGGAAACGUUUUGGAAAUUGCUACAAAGUAUUGCAAUGAUUAUAAUUACAAUCGGAAAGUAUUAAGCAAGUUCUUCUCCAGUUUUGACAAGCCCUCCACCGAGAGUCAGACAUCUCAGCCUCAAGCUACGUCUCCAACUCCUGUGAUCACAUCCCAACCGCAAGUUACUUCCACGUCACCGCAAUCAUCUCAAAGCCGGAAAACGUACAGAAGUCUAACAUCCACUGGCCGACCAAGAGGACGUCCACCCAAUGUGAAUAAAUAUCUACAAGCCAUACAGCAAAGCAGUAACGCAAUGAAUCAAUUCAACGCGAAAGCUACUUUUGCAAAUUACAUGAGUGCAUCAGGAAAUCGUUCCUUGAUGAAUCCCUAUUUUAUGCAUCCAUUGGUUGAUCCAAAUAUAUUAUCCGCUUUAUUAACAAGCAGUUUAGGAAACAGUAUAAUGGAUCCUUUAACAGCAAUGAAUUACUUAAAUCAAAUGGGUAAUUAUCAAGAUAUUUUGAGGCAAUACCAAAACAAUUUUUCUUCUUUGUCAAAUCUGACCAGCGGAUUAGCUAACACUAUUGCUAUAGCACCUAAUAUUAACAGUGUACCAACAAUGAGCACUUCUAGCUCUAGUAUGAAUGUUGCUCCCACAAUGAGCAAUUUGGGCAAUUUGAACAAUUUGACAGUGCAACAGCUGCUAAAUUUAAGUAAUUCUACAGCAACAACUGCACGUUCUACGCCUAUGUAUCAACAAGCAGCCACGACGAAGACUACCACUACUACAUCAAUAACUAAAGACAGACCUAGUAUAUCAAUAACCCCAGUAAAUACAGCAUCGUCUAAAAGUAAGCCAUCGAAACAAAGUCCACAGAGUGAGUCUCUGCCAGUUCAACUUCCAAAAUCUCUGCAGAUAUCACAGCCAUCGAAGCCUAUCUUACAACCACCAACUACGCAAGUGUCUCUGUUGAAGCCAUCAAUUAUUCAAACACACGUUAAAACUAGUCCCCCAAAACAAAUAAGCGCUCCUCAAAUUCGAGUGUCAAAGUCUUUGACCGAGCCUCAACCAGCGCACAAUCCUUCCUUGUCGCACUCUCCUUUAAAAAGUAAUACUACAACAAACCCAUCGGUGGUUCCGCAAGCUGCACACGCAGCGAUAAGUUCGUCAAUCAUGAAGCAAACGUUAUCCAUGAAUGUACCAACUUCUCAUUCAGGGACUUCAUUACAACAUAAAUUGUUGUCAAAGAAGAAUUCACAAAGAUCAUAUUCGCAGACAAGUAUGCAAAAUGUAGUUAGAAAAAUAAAACCAACUAAAACAAUGUCCGCAUUGCCCGGAAAUUUGUCAAAUAUAUUGAAUGCGAUACCUGGAAAUUCGACGAUGACGCAAUCACCUUAUAUACCACCAGAACUAAGUGGAAUCUCUGUAAGCCCAGUGAAUUCUCAACCUAGCUUGAAAGGUCCAAGUACAAAGUACUCGCAUUAUAAGAAGUCAUCGAAAACGAAACCGGCAUCGAUGGAUAUCUCUAGUUCCUUGCCAAGUUCAUAUUCUCAAGGAAAUUCAGUAGAAGCAUUCUCAAUGCUUUCUCAAUUAAAGCAACAUUCACAUUUAGAAAUUAUACCUCAACAAAAAUCUCAACAAAUGAAAUCCGCCAUGGAAUACACGAAAAACUUGUCUUCGGGUGUGAGUGUACUUCCACAAAAAGUGUCGGAAUCUUUGAGAUCGUCAGAGUGCAAAAAUAUGUACGAUUUACCCAGAGGAAAGUCGGGUAGUGUUUCUAACAAGAAAGGGGAAAAGUCCACCAACGAUAGUGUCGAGAUUAUAACACUGGACGAUUGA